AUGCGGAGGCUGCUUCUUCAAUCCGUCCGCAGUCUUUCCACCUCCAGUGAUUUCAAAUCCAUAGCGAGCAUGGCACCGCUCAAUCCCGCCGCCCAGCCGUGGAUGGUCAUCCCCCUGGUCAUCCGACCAUUCCCCCCUUUCACCCAUGUCUCGCCACCAACCCGGCUCAGGGCUAAUGAUAUCGCGACACAGGAAGCCAUCCACCGGCUACGAAACUAUGUUCCUCCGCCAACGGCAUACGACACCGUCCCGCUGUCCCGGCGUGCGGCGGUGCUUCUGCUGCUCUAUGCCGACCCGCAGGGCGACCUGCGGAUCGUGAUUACAAUCCGGGCCAAGACACUCAGGUCAUAUGCAGGCGACGCCGCUCUACCGGGAGGCCGGGCAGAUACGCUCGCCGAGACGCCGUUCCAGACCGCACGCCGCGAAGCAUGGGAGGAGAUCGGCUUGCCUAACAUCGGUUCCCCGUUACCAGGACCGUUCGCCGUGGAGCAUCUAUGCGAGAUGCCGGCCAAUCUUGCCAAAACGGAGCUGGUGGUCCGGCCGUGCAUCGCCCUGCUUCACGCCCACGACGAGCGCACGGGCGAGUCCGCCGAUCCGGAGGUGUCGCUGAUUCCCAAGCUAGAUGCACGCGAGGUCGCUGCUGUGUUUACGGCGCCCUUCAAACAAUUUCUAGCUAUGCGCGAUGAAGGCCUUGCUCACCCGCCGGAUUGGUAUCGGGGGUCGUGGAGCGCGUGGCAUAAUUCUAACUGGCGCAUGCAUCAGUUCUUUGUUCGCCCGAAUAGGACAGCAGCCGUCCAGCCUCGCCGGGGGAAUAAUGCGGACGAUAACAUCGAAUCCUAUCGAGUGUUCGGGAUGACCGCCCGAAUCAUUGUUGAUGCAGCACGACUCGCGUUCAACACCGAACCCCAGUUCGAGCACAAUAGUCACUUUGGCGACGAGGCGAUGAUCGACCGGCUCCGACGACUGGGCAAGCUAGCGGCGAUCCGGAAAGCAUCGGACGAACUGACGCGGGAGACGAUGGAGAAGGCAGCCAAACUAAGUUGA